AUGGAUCUCAUCAACGCUACUGAUUACUGGCUUAAUAUCUCUACUUUAGUAGGAAAUAGUACUCAUUUUCCAGUUUCUGCCCCAAAUAUGGUAGUUGCUUUUUUAUUGUUUAUAUCAUUUAUAAUUGGUACUAUCACCAAUGGGCUCUAUCUUUGGGUGCUAAAAUUCAAGAUGAAAAAGACCGUUAAUACACAUUUAUUUUUUCAUCUCAUUCUUUCAUAUUUUAUUUCAACAUUGACUUUUCCAUUUAUGGCCGUCACCUUUCUUCAGGACAAUCAUUGGAGUUUUGGAAUUGUCAUGUGCAAGAUCAUUAACAGCACUUUGUCUAUGGGCAUGUAUACCUCUGUUUUCUUACUCUCAGCCAUAAGUGUGGAUCGUUACAUUCUGACUCUUCAUCCAGUGUGGGCACAACUGAACCGAACACCACGCUGGGCUUCCAGUAUCAUCCUAGGAGUUUGGAUCUCUGCCACUGUCCUCAGCAUGCCUUAUUUGGUUUUUAGAGAAACAUAUAAAGACCAAAAAGGAACCGUGACCUGUAAAAAUAACUAUGCUGUGUCUACUAACUGGGAAAGCAAGGUGAUGCAAACACUACGGAAACAGAUUCACAUCGCCUGUUUCAUCAUUCGCUUCUUCUUGGGUUUCCUUCUGCCUUUCUUCAUCAUCACCUUUUGUUAUGGAAAAGUAGCUAACAAGAUGAAAGAAAGGGGACUGUCAAAAUCCAAUAAGCCCUUCAAAGUCAUGAUGGUUGCUAUCAUUUCUUUCUUUGUGUGUUGGAUGCCCUACCAUAUAUUCCAAGGAUUACUGGUCACAAAGAAUCAGUCAUUAUUAUUACAGUUGACUUUGAUACUUACAGUGAUAAGCACAUCUUUCAAUACUGUCUUUUCUACCACACUCUACCUGUUUGCUGGGGAGAACUUCAAAAGAGUUUUCAAGAAUUCCAUUCUUUCUUUGUUUGAGUCAACAUUCAGUGAGGAUCUUUCUGUAGACAGGGUACAACACCUAAGUUCAGAAGCCUACAUUUAA